CACAGAGAUGGCGAGUGACGACCAGGUGGCCAUCUUGACGGAUGACGAGGGGUAUCAGAAGAGGAAGUAUGUCCUGGCAGAACCCUUCAACACCCUGUCCAACACCCUGGAGCAGAUACCGGUGGGCUCGGGCCCCGCCUCUGCCUCCCAAGGUCCAGAGUCUCCCCCCACAGACACACCUGACUCCCCCUCCUCCAACCCCAGUAAUGACUGCCUGGAGAGGAACUGCGUGCAGAUCGACAACCACCUCCUCAUCUCCAAGGUCUUCUAUUUCUUCUUCUAUGCAGCCUAUGGGUCCCUACACCCACUGCUGCCUGUCUACUACAAGCAGCUGGGGAUGACUCCCAGUCAGAGCGGCCUGCUGGUCGGGAUCCGGUACUUCAUCGAAUUCUGUAGCGCCCCCUUUUGGGGGGUGGUGGCGGACCGCUUCAAGAAGGGCAAGGUGGUGCUUGUGUUCUCCGUUUUCUGCUGGCUGGUGUUCAACUGCGGCAUCGGCUUCAUCAAGCCCGCCUCCAUAACAUGCGUGGAGAGGAAACCCCCAGUCGCACGCCCCACCAGCCCUGCCCACCUCGGUCUGCCGGCCAAUUACAGUAGGGACCGCAGGGGUGUGAUUGGAGACUUGUUUUCCCUCUCUUCGAAUCAACACGGUUUAGCAUCAGACUCAGUUAGUGGCGGUCCCCUGCACAGGUAUGUGAGGAGCGAUGGUGGUAAUGUCACUGGACCCAGCACUGUCCCGGGACCUGUGCCUUCCCCCACCAUCACAACAACAACAUCUUCCCCCUCCACCACCCCUACUACAACAGCCAGCUCAAAACCUGCCUCAAAUCUAACCACAACCAAACCAACCACCACAACCAUUCCGAAAGUCUACCACAUCAUCUCCAACCACGACCAGGUGGAGACCAUCUUCCUCCUGAUCCUGCUAGUCAUCAUCAUCGGCGAGUUCUUCAGCGCUCCGGCUGUGACCAUAGUGGACACGCGCACCCUGCAGUACCUGGGCCCCCACCAGGACCGCUACGGCCUGCAGAGGAUGUGGGGCUCCCUGGGCUGGGGCCUGGCCAUGCUCUGCGUAGGCAUCUGGAUCGACCACACCCACAUCAAGCUCUUCAUCCAGGGCACCGGCUGCAUCGUGCCCGACUACAAGAACUACCAGAUAGCCUUUAUUGUCUUUGGAGUCCUGAUGGCCGUAGCUUUGAUAUUGUCCACACAGUUUUACUUUGAGAGUAGUACUAGUGACCACCGGCCAAUGGAGGCCCAGCUGGAGGAGGAUAAGAGACAGGAGGCAGAGUCUCCUCAAAUGUCCAGUGGCGUUUUAUCUCCCAAAGGGCAUGCAGUGGAAUCGUUAGAAUCCCAAAGUGUCGUCAGCCAGCCAUUUCUUUACCAGGACCUCAUUCGGCUGCUGUGUAGCGUGCAGUACGGCUCAGUGCUCUUCGUGGCCUGGUUUAUGGGGUUCGGCUACGGCUUUGUGUUCACGUUCCUCUACUGGCACCUGGAGGACCUGAAAGGGACCACCACGCUAUUUGGAGUGUGCUCGGUGCUGAGCCACAUCUCAGAGCUGGUCGCCUACUUCACCAGCCACAAGCUCAUCGAGCUGGUUGGCCAUAUAAGGGUGCUGUACAUCGGUCUGGCCUGCAACACGGCUCGUUACCUGUACAUCUCCUACCUGGAGAACGCCUGGAUCGUCCUGCCCAUGGAGGUCCUUCAAGGUGUGACCCAUGCCUCAGUGUGGGCAGCCUGUAUCUCCUACCUGAGUGCUGCAGUGCCUCCAGAGCUGAGGACCUCUGCCCAGGGUAUCCUCCAGGGUCUGCACCUGGGGCUGGGCCGGGGCUGUGGGGCCAUGGUGGGGGGAGGCUUGGUCAAUGUUUUUGGAGCAGCCCACACCUUCAGAGGGAUAGGAAUGGUCUCCCUCGUCAUCCUCCUCCUCUUCGCUCUCAUCCAGUGGCUGGCUGUGCAGAGUGGGAACAAAGAUCCCAGAAUGCUGGCGGGGAACAUCCCAGUCCCCUCCAGCCCUGUUCCCAUAGCGACCAUAGACAUUAUCCAAUCAAAUAACGGAGCCGCCACAAUGACACCGCCGAGGAAGACCAAGCACCAGGAGGAUCAGGAGGACUUGAGCAAGCCUGCCUGGGUGGUGUCCGCCUCACCCUGGGUCACCCUGGCCUUCGCCCUGCACCAGAUCAGAGAGAUGGCUACCCUUGCCAGGAGCAGCCCUGCCAAGAAUCCAUCAGACCCUGCAGGUACUGUAGGUAGACAUGGUGGCUGGCAGCUCGUAGACUGGUGGGUUCAGGGAUAGACUGGUGGGUUCAGGGAUAGACUGGUGGGUUCAGGGAUAGA